AUGGCUCCCACCAACAACAUCCAAGACCUCUUCUCCGUGCCCGGACUCGUGGCGGUCAUCACCGGCGGCGGCUCUGGUCUCGGCUUAUACGCCGCCCGAGCUCUCGACGCCAACGGAGCAAAAGCAGUCUACAUCCUCGGCCGGCGCGAGGAGACCCUCAAAACCGCCGCCUCGACCGGAGUCAACGGCAGAAUCAUCCCCAUCGCCUGCGACGUCACGGACAAAGCCUCCCUCGCCGCCGCCGCGGAUCAAGUCCGCCGCGAACAAGGCUACAUCAACCUCCUGUUCGCCAACGCGGGCAUCGGCGGCCCCAACAAUGCUUCCGCCGCGAAGAGGGAAGAUGGCAGCCAAGCGAGCCCCAAAGAAUUCGCCGACGCAUGCUUGCAGCCGGAGAUGGCGGAGGUCACCAAGACCAUGCACGUGAACAACACAUCUGUUCUCUACACCGUGAUGUCGUUCCUCGACUUGCUGGACUUGGGCAAUAAACAGCAGAACGUAGCUCAAGACUCCCAAGUCAUCGUGACCUCCUCCAUCGCCGGGUUCUCCCGCGCCAUGGCCACGGGAUUCGCGUAUAGUACCUCCAAAGCGGCGGUCACCCAUUUGGUGAAGAUGAUGUCCACCUCGUUCGCGCAGCAAGGUUUCCGGAUCCGGGCGAAUGUUAUUGCUCCCGGGUUGUAUCCGAGCGAGUUGACGGCCAAUUCGGUGGACCAAGUCAUGGAGAAAGAGAGAUGUCCCUCGUUGCGGACGGGCAGCGAGGAGGACUUUGCGGGGACUUUUCUGUACAUGGCGUCGAGGGCGGGAGCUUAUCUGAAUGGAGAGACGUUGGUGACGGACGGCGGCAGACUGGCUCAAAUGCCAGCGGUCUAUUAG